AUGACCCCUGAGCUGGGCAGGCUGGAGCCCGCCCCUCCCCACAGCCGUGCCAACUGCCGACAGGUCUCGGCCGCCCCAGCAGUGGGGCUGCAGGAAUGUCCUCUUCCUAUCCGGGAGUGGCUCCAGCUUGGUGUAGUGAUCCCAGAUACCCUGCAGGCCACUGCCGUGCCCCAGACCCUGCACCGGGUGGAGCAGGAUGCCCUGGAGCUCAGCUGCGAGGUGGGCACGGACACGGAGCAGCAUAGCCACGUGUCUGUGUCCUGGCUGCGGCAGAACGGAGGCGAGAUGCCAGUGGAGGUCAUCUCCCUGAGCCGGGACUUCGUGCUGCACUCCAGCAGCGACUAUGCCCAGCGGCAGAGCCUGGGCGAGGUCCGGCUGGACAAGCUGGGGAAGACCACCUUCCGCCUCACCAUCUUCCACCUGCAGCCCUCUGACCAGGGCGAGUUCUACUGCGAGGCUGCCCAGUGGAUCCAGGACCCCGAUGGCUCAUGGUACGCCAUGACCCGGAAGCGCUCCGAGGGUGCCGUGGUCAACGUCCAGCCUACCGACAAAGAUUUCACGGUCCGGCUGGAGACUGACAAGCGGCUGCACACGGUGGGCGAGCAGGUGGAGUUCCGGUGCAUCCUGGAGGCUCAGAACAUUCCAGAUCGCUAUUUUGCUGUCUCCUGGGCCUUCAACAGCUCGCUCAUCGCCAGCAUGGGCCCCAACGCCGUGCCUGUCCUCAACAGUGAGUUCGCCCACCGGGAGGCCAAGGGACAGCUGAAGGUGUCCAAGGAGAGUGAUGGCGUGUUCGUGCUGAAGAUCUUCCACCUCCGCCAGGAGGACAGCGGCAAGUACAACUGCCGCGUGACAGAGCGUGAGAAGACUGUCACCGGCGAGUUCCUGGACAAGGACAGCAAGCGCCCCAAGAACGUCCCCAUCAUCGUGCUCCCGCUCACAGAUGACUGGGUAGUUAAAGUCCCCCAGCACCACCAGAACCUGCCCCAAGGCCACUUGGAGAGCAGCAUCUCCGUGGAGGUGUCCAGCAACACCAGCACGGUCCUCGAGGGUGAGAGCCUGCGCUUCCUGUGCAGCGUGCGUGCGGCAGGCCGGCCGCAGGGCCGCUUCUCUGUCAUCUGGCAGCUGGUGGACAGGCAGCACCGCCGCAACAACGUUAUGUGGCUGGAUCGCGACGGCACCGUGCAGCCAGGCUCCACUUACUGGGAGCGCAGCAGCUUUGGGGCCGUGCAGAUGGAGCAGGUGCAGCCCAACGCCUUCAGCCUGGCCAUCUUCAACAGCAGGAAGGAGGAUGAGGGCCAGUACGAGUGCCACGUGACUGAGUGGGUGCGGGCCGUGGACGGCGAGUGGCAGAUCGUGGCCGAGCGCCGAGCUAACACGCUGGUCUCUAUCACAGCUUUGGACACAGGUUUUGCGGUGACAGCCAUCUCGAGGACACCAGGGGUGACCUACAGCGACUCAUUCGACCUUCAGUGCAUCAUAAAGCCGCACUACCCCACCCGGGUCCCCCUGUCAGUGACGUGGCGCUUCCAGCCCGUGGGCACCGGGGCCUUCCACGACCUGGUGACUUUCACACGGGAUGGCGGCGUCCAGUGGGGGGACAGGUCCUCCACUUUCCGGACGCGGACCGCCAUCGAGAAGGCUGAGGCCAGCAACAGCGUCCGCCUGAGCGUCAGCCGGGCGAGUGACACGGAGGCGGGCAAGUACCAGUGCGUGGCGGAGCUGUGGCGCAGGAAUCACAACAGCAGCUGGACGCAGCUGGCCGAGAGAACCUCCAACCUGCUGGAGAUCCGGGUGCUGCAGCCAGUGACGAAGCUGCAGGUGAGCAAGUGGAAGCGCACGCUGUCGGUGGUGGAGGGCGGCUCCAUCCAGCUCAACUGCUCGGUGCGCGCGCAGACCAGCGCGGACUCGCGCUUCGCCGUGCUGUGGUACGUGCACCGCGCCGCCGACGCCGACGGCAAGCUCAUCCUCAAGACCACGCACCGCGCCGCCUUCGAGUACGGCACCUACGCCGAGGAGGCGCGGCUGCGCGCACGCCUGCAGCUCGAGCGCCUGGCGGCCGGCGGCCUCUUCAGCCUCACCGUGCACCGCGCCGAGCUGGCCGACAGCGGCAGCUACUACUGCCACGUGGAGGAGUGGCUGCUCAGCCCCAACUACGCCUGGUACAAGCUGGCGGAGGAGGUCUCGGGGCGCACGGAGGUCACCGUCCGCCAGCCAGACAGCCGCCUGAAGCUGAGCCAGGCGCAGGGCAACCUGUCGGUGCUGGAGACGCGGCGCGCGCAGCUGGAGUGCGUGGUGCUGAACCGCACGAGCGCGGCGUCGCAGCUGGCCGUGGAGUGGUUCGUGUGGAAGCCCAACCAGCCGGAGCGGGAGACGCUGGCGCUGCUGGGCCGCGACCACACCUUCAGCUACGGCGAGCAGGCGGCGCGGCAGCGGCUGCGCGGGCGGCUGCACGCCGAGAGCCCGGCGCCGGGCGUGUUCCGGCUGCAGGUGGACGACGUGGCCGUGCAGGACAGCGGCGCCUACAGCUGCCGCGUGGAGGAGUGGCUGCCCGGGCCCGGCGGCGCCUGGUACAAGCGCGCGGAGGACACCGCGGGCCCCACCACCCUGACGGUGCUGCGGCCAGAUGCGGCCCUGCAGGUAGACUCGGUGGUCCCCAACACCACUGUGUCGGAGAAGGCCACCUUCCAGCUGGACUGUAGCAUCGUGUCCCGCUCAAGCCAGGACUCACGCUUUGCCGUAGCCUGGUACUCCCUGAGGACUAGAGCCGGAGGGAGGAGGGGCAGCCUUGGUCCAGAGAGCGAGGAGGAGGAGGAGGAGGAGUUGAAGGAGGAAGAGCGGGACAGGGAGGAGCAGGAGCAGGAGGAGCCCACAGAGCGGACUGUGCUGCUGAGUGUGGACCCCGAUGCCGUCUUCGGCCCUGAGGGUGGCCCCUGGCAGGGCCGGCUCCGCUUCCAGAGGCUGUCACCGCUGCUGUUCCGCCUCACUGUGCUGCGCGCCAGCCCCCACGACACGGGCAACUACUCCUGCCGAGUGGAGGAGUGGCUGCGGGGUCCCCAGGACUGGUAUCGGCUCACGGAGGAGGAGUCCGCCCCCGUCAGCAUCCGAGUGCUGGACACCGGCCCCACACUGCAGUCCCUCAUCUGCUCCAACGACGCGCUCUUCUACUUCGUCUUCUUCUACCCAUUCCCCAUCUUCGGCAUCCUCGUCAUCACCAUCCUGCUCGUGCGCUUCAAGAGCCGGGGCGCAGGCCGCGGCGCGGAGGGGAAGAACGGGGUACCGCUGCUGUGGAUCAAGGAGCCGCACCUCAACUACUCCCCAACCUGCUUGGAGCCCCCGGCACUCAGCAUCCACCCAGGGGCCAUCGACUAGCGGGCUGUGGGGCCCCCGGCAGUGCCGGCGCCCACCGCGGCUGCCGG